CCCCAACCAACCUCCUCCCCGCCGUCCCCAAAGUAAGUGCGGAGCGAGAUCGUCGGCCGGCAGCAUGGACGAGCAGUCGCGGAUGCUGCAGACGCUGGCCGGCGUGAACCUGGCUGGCCACGCGGUGCAAGGGGGCAUGGCUCUGCCGCCUCCCCACGGGCACGAGGGCGCCGACGGCGACGGCCGCAAGCAGGACAUUGGCGACAUCCUGCACCAGAUCAUGACCAUCACCGACCAGAGCCUGGACGAGGCGCAAGCGAAAAAGCACGCUCUCAAUUGCCAUAGAAUGAAACCGGCUUUGUUCAGCGUCCUGUGUGAGAUCAAAGAGAAAACAGGUCUCAGCAUCCGAGGGGCUCAAGAGGAAGACCCCCCUGACCCUCAGCUCAUGAGGUUGGACAACAUGCUUCUCGCCGAGGGAGUCUCCGGUCCCGAGAAAGGCGGGGGAUCAGCGGCGGCAGCGGCGGCGGCGGCAGCUUCGGGUGGGACUUCAGAUAAUUCUAUCGAACACUCCGAUUACCGAGCCAAAUUGACGCAGAUCCGACAGAUCUACCACACCGAGCUGGAGAAAUACGAGCAGGCGUGCAACGAAUUCACCACCCACGUGAUGAACCUCCUGCGCGAACAGAGCCGAACCAGGCCCAUUUCCCCCAAAGAGAUUGAAAGGAUGGUGGGCAUAAUCCACCGGAAAUUCAGCUCCAUCCAGAUGCAGCUCAAGCAAAGCACUUGUGAAGCGGUCAUGAUCUUGAGAUCCCGGUUCCUUGAUGCCAGGCGAAAAAGGCGCAACUUCAGUAAACAAGCCACAGAAAUCCUGAAUGAGUAUUUUUACUCGCACCUCAGCAACCCCUACCCCAGCGAAGAAGCCAAAGAAGAGCUGGCCAAGAAAUGCAGCAUCACAGUAUCACAGGUAUCCAACUGGUUUGGCAACAAGAGAAUCAGGUACAAGAAAAACAUCGGGAAGUUUCAAGAGGAAGCCAACCUUUACGCUGCCAAAACGGCCGUGACAGCAGCUCACGCCGUAGCCGCUGCAGUUCAAAACAACCAGACCAAUUCGCCCACCACCCCAAACUCUGGUACUUCCGGUUCUUUUAACCUUCCUAAUUCUGGGGACAUGUUCAUGAACAUGCAGAAUCUGAAUGGGGAGAGUUACCAGGGGUCUCAAGUUGGAGCCAAUGUGCAAUCACAGGUGGAUACUCUGCGUCAUGUUAUCAAUCAGACGGGAGGAUACAGUGACGGUUUGGGAGGAAAUUCAUUGUACAGUCCACAUAAUUUAAAUGCCAAUGGAGGUUGGCAGGAUGCAACCACUCCGUCUUCUGUGACUUCUCCAACAGAAGGGCCGGGAAGCGUGCAGUCCGAUACCUCUAACUAAUCUCCCGACCGGUCCUUCCUCUUCCCCCUUUCCUGGCCCGCCAUGCGCUGAGAUGCCUUCUGUGUUCGUUCUUCAUCCCAGGAGGAAAAGACAAGGAAAAGAAGAAGGAGGGGGAAAAAAACAAAACCCCAAAGAAAUCUUUUCACAGCUCACCGCGGAGAAUCCUUUUUUUUCUGUACCGCUUUGUCGUACUGCAAAACUUGGGUGACCUUGUUUUUUGUGUGGUCAUUGAUAUAUCUCAAAAAAAAACAAAAAAACCCCCACACACAAUUUUACCUCCCCCGGAAGGUGUGAUUUUUAAACCUUUGUACUUCAAUCUCACCGAGAAGUGCGCCCUCGCUCCAUAUUAAGGGGGAAAAAAAAUAAAAAUAAACAAAGCAAGCACUUUAUCCAGCGGAGGGCCAAGAUGGCGCGUGGUUUUUCUAACAUUCUCCAGCAGAUUCUUUCAAAGGUGGCCACCCACUUAACUGUUUUCUCGGCUCGAAGAGGCCAUCAAAGACUUUAUUCUUAAGGAUAAACUCAAAAAGUUUGAUGAUCAGCACCAGACUGAGCGGUGAUGGGAGGAAAAGGAGGAGGAGGAGCUGGCAGACUUUCACCCCCACCCGAUUUCCAGCGCCUUUGGAAGGGAGAUGCCCAAAUCUUGGUUGUGCCCCAGUUUUUUCAGAGCAGGGUGAGAAGCUCUUCUUAAUGCUUUUUUUUUUGGUUUUCUGCUGAAUUUUCUCCUUUCACCCAGGAUGGUUUUCUUCCUUUUGAACCUUCGCAACUGAUGAUAGCACAGUCCUCUUCUCCUCCUCGUCUGUUGUCCAACACAGACAAUCCGUGUGAGGCGGAAGCACUGGCUUUUGAUGUUUGCAAAUAUAUAUAUAUAUACAUAUAAUAUUUUAAUUUAGAUAUAUAGAUAUAUAUAUCUGAAUCAGGUUGCCAAGUUUGACAGUCGACGUUGAGUUGCAUCUGCCGAGGUUUGGCCAUCGCUCCUCCGUGCCGGCCGAUGGGUGUUGUAUAUAGUGUAGCUAAAAAGAAUAUUUAUACAUCUCACCAAUCAAAACACAGCUUUAUUACCUCAUGCGAACCAAUAGAAUCAUUCUUUAGCUUAGAGUGCUCACCUACUACCUCUAAACCAGCCUUCUUCAACCUGGGAUUCUCGAGAUAUCAUAGACCGAUCAGCGUCCACCAUCAUUGGUCCAGCCAUAUCUUCUGUCUGGGGCUGAUGGGAAUUGUAGUCCAACACACCCAGAGGGUGCUGGGUUGAGGAAGCCUGCUCUAAACAAUACUCACGCUGUAUUUUCUUUUUCUUUCCCCCUUCCCCUUCUUUAAUCUCUUCCCUCCUUUAUUAUGAUUAUUUUUGGGGGAGUGUUUAUUUUUACCAUCUUGUAACUGACUCUUUUUUGUUCUUUCUUCAUGUAAUUGUACAUUGUAAUCUUUUAAAUAAGGAAAAAAAGAAAAACUUUUUUAAAAAAGAAAAGAAAGAAAAAAAAAUCCAGGUUGCGUUUGUGACUUUUGAAAAAAAAAAAAAACACAGACCUGAUACUAUAUAUAAAUAUAAAUAGAUAUAUAUAUAUUAAAAACACACACACACAUACAUACACACACACACACACCCGGACACCCUUUGAAGCUUUGAAAUAGAAAUUUUGAGUUCUGACGCUAAACAGUCAAACUGUUUGUAAAUAUGGAGAAACAUUUUGAAUGUUCUUUCAUCCUGUUACGAUCUUAAUUCACACGAAAGAAAAAGAAGAAGAAAGAAAGAAAGAAAAGAAAAAAACCUGAAACCGAUAAUGGAUUGUAAAGCAGACCGUUCUUUGAUAUUCAAUAUAUUUCACCCUGUAUAAUUAGGGAAAGGGUGGGUGGGUGCCCUUUAUUUUUCUUUCUUUCCUUUAUUUUUUAUUUUCCUCUUUUAUAUAGUAUGUGAUUCUGAACCUGAUUGGCUGAAUUGCAAAAG